AUGGCGGCGGUAGCGUCGGGUCGCUGUGUCGGUGUCCGCUGCAGGCUUUGCCUGAUGCUGACGGGCCAGUGGACGGGUCUGUGUGGAAAGGCCCCCAGCAGAUUUUAUUCUGGAAGUGCAACCCUCCCAAAGAUUGAAGGAGCUAAUGUAACAGGGAUCGAAGAAGUGGUCAUUCCAAAAAAGAAAACUUGGGAUAAAGUGGCUGUUCUUCAAGCACUUGCAUCCACAGUGAAUAGGGAUUCCACAGCUGCCCCUUAUGCAUUUCAGGAUGAUCCUUAUCUCAUACCAACGUCCUCCGUGGAAUCUCGUUCAUUUUUAUUGGCAAAGAAAUCUGGAGAGAAUGCAGCAAAGUUUAUUAUUAAUUCAUAUCCCAAAUAUUUUCAGAAGGACACAGCUGAACCUCACAUACCGUGUUUAAUGCCUGAGUACUUUGAACCUCAGAUUGAAGGUAUAAGUGAAGCUGCCUUAAAGGAAAGAAUCAAGCUCAAAAAAGUCAGAGCUUCGGUGGACAUGUUUGAUCAGCUAUUACAAGCAGGAACUGCUGUAUCUCUGGAAACAAGUAAUAGUCUCUUGGAUUUGUUGUGUUAUUAUGGUGACCAAGAGCCUUCAGCUGAUAAUCAUUUUCAUCAAAGUGAAAAAUCAGAAGAAUUGGAAGAGGCCAUAGAGGAAAAUAAUGAAAAAUCUAAGAAGGCUGGCCAUCAAUUUGGAGUUACGUGGAGGGCAAAAAACAAUGCUGAGAGAAUCUUUGCUCUAAUGCCAGAGAAAAACUCACAUUCCUACUGCACAGUGAUCCGAGGAAUGGUGAAGCACCGAGCUCUUGUGCAGGCAUUAAACUUGUACACUGAAUUACUAAACAACAGACUCCAUGCUGAUGUGUACACCUUCAAUGCAUUGAUUGAGGCAACAGCAUUGAGCAUGAAUGAGAAAUUGGAGGACAAAUGGAAUAAGAUACUGGAGCUGCUGAAAGAAAUGGCUGCCCAGAAGGUGAAACCAAAUCUACAGACAUUUAAUACCAUUCUGAAAUGCCUCCGAAGAUUUUAUUCAUUUGGAAGAUUGCCGGCCUUACAGACCUUUCGUGAAAUGAAAGCCAUCGGAAUAGAACCCUCACUUGCAACAUACCACUAUAUUAUUCAGCUGUUUUAUCAACAUGAAAACCCUUCAAAAGGAUCAUCCCUCAUAAUCUACGAUAUUAUGAAUGAAUUAAAAGGAAAGAAAUUUUCCCCGAAGGACCCAGAUGACGAUAUGUUUUUUCAGUCAGCCAUGAGAGUUUGCUCAGUUCUCAGAGAUCUAGAACUUGCUUACCAAGUACAUGGCCUUUUAAACACCGGAGACAACUGGAAAUUCAUUGGACCAGAUCACCGGCGUAAUUUCUAUUAUUCCAAGUUCUUGAGUUUGCUUUGUCUAAUGGAACAAAUUGAUGUCACUUUGAAGUGGUAUAAGGACCUGAUACCUUCAGUAUUCUUUCCCCAUUCCCAAACGUUGAUAGAUCUUCUCCAAGCACUGGAUGUGGCCAACCGGCUAGAAGUGAUUCCUCAGAUUUGGAAAGACAGUAAAGAAUAUGGUCACAGUUUUCGCAAUGCCCUGAAAGAAGAGAUUCUGAUGCUCAUGGCAAGGGAUCGGCACCCACCAGAGGUGGCGUUUGCUGACUGUGCUGCCGAUAUCAGAUCUACUUAUGAGAGCCAGGAUGCCAGACAGACUGCUCCCGAUUGGCCAGCCAACCCUCUGAACUAUAUAGCUGUCCUCUUUUUAAGGGGAGGGAGGACCCAGGAAGCCUGGAAAAUGUUGGGGCUUUUCAGGAAGCAUAAUAAGAUCCCUGGAAAUGAGUUGCUGGAUGAGUUUAUGGACAGUGCAAAAGCAUCCAACAACCCUGCCCAGGCCAUUGAGAUAGUGAAGCUGGCCAGUGCCUUCAGCUUGCCUGUCUGUGAAGGCCUCGCCCAGAGAGUGAUGGCUGACUUUGCAAUCAGCCAGGAACAAAAAGAAGCCCUGGGAGACCUAACUUCACUGACCAGUGACAGUGACAGCGACAGUGACAUCGGUGAAGGCAAAUGA